AAAUAAAAUAGACUUUUAGUGACUGAGUUGUAAAUAAUGAACUUUAGGAGCUUUACAAAGUGCUAUAAAAUUAUUGGACAUAAUAUAAUUACACACAAGAAUGUGGAUGUGUUGUCUAGUGAUAAUUCUUGUGCCUUAUUAAUUUAUUUUAGGUGAUUUUUAAGAAGCUUAGUAGAAAUUAAAUACGCGCGUAAAAGAGGUUAAAUAUGGAGGGUAUUUAUAAAGUUAAUUUAGUCCCAAGUGAUCUGAGCGUUGAGGAGACGAUACUGCAAAUAGCCGACACUUUGGAUAAUCUAAACGGCAUUGUAGACGACGUGUUCACACGGCUCACGACAAGAAUCAAGCAGAACAUGGACAAGACAAUGAAGUUGAGCGAGAGAAUAGAGGCUUCGAGGUGUAAAGUGGAGAAACUCAACGGUAUGCAGAAAGCGAUCAAGGUGUUCUCGAGUGCCAAGUACCCGGCGUCGAUCACUCACGAACAUUACCGAUCAGUGUUUGAUGCUGACGGGUACGAGCACAAGCCCAAAAAGGUUACUCUGAGCGGGAAAACUCAGGGGCAGACUAACGAGAAGGAAUUACAGGAAAAACUUCACUUCUACCACGUGAAAGUGGCAGAACCCAGGAAUGCGACACCCAAACAGGAUUUCAAUUUGAGUACUAUGAUAGAUACGUUAUCAAGCGUGGGUGACCUGUUAAUCUUUAACACUGACGAGAGUCCUUAUCUGGGUGGCACUCGGCGGCCAUCGGAGUACGUGCCGAUAGUGACCUCUAAGGUUGAGAGCAAGAGCCUAUUGGAAGCGGCGCCAAGCUCUAUCAUGAAACGAGAUGUUCUGAAGCGCGAUGCCGACGAAUAUCUGUACGCACCGGGAAUGGGCAUGGUUCCCGAGCUGGAGAUGCCGCUAGACCUCCCUCACCUGCCAGGCAUAGCAGGGGACGUACAAUUCUCCAACACGACGGAGGGUUCCAUUGCGCCAUCAGUCGUAACAUCCCCCGUAGCUCCCGUCAUGGCUGUACCGGAGUUAGAACUCCCGGAUUUAAAGGAAUUGCCCGAUGUUAGUGUGGCUAAAGAAGAGGUGAAUGUGCCUGUGGUGGUGCCUGAUAUCCCUGACGCGCCGCCCCCGCCGCCUGCGCAGGCCCUGCCCCCGCCCCCGCCACCUCCACCCCCGCCGCCGCCGCCAAUGGAGGCCGUACCACCCGUCGAUGUCAAACGAGUGGAGAAGGCUGCACCAUCACCCUUGCCCCCCUCAGGCGGCGAUGCUCACUCAAACCUGAUGGAAGCCAUUCGCCAAGCGGGCGGGGCUGGUCGCGCCAAGCUUCGCUCUGCUGCAGAGUCCACACCAGCUAAGGGUGGGUCCAAACCAAGCGGCGGCGACCUGAUGGCAGAUCUUCACGCGAAGCUAUCAAUGCGAAGACGAGGAAUAUCCGGGGCUGAACGAUCAGGGGGCUCCGUACUCCAUACCCUGGCCAGCUACAUUCCGGAGCCCGAGCAGUCCUCACCAGCGCGCUCCUCCAGCGAAGACGACUGGGAGUAACUCUUGGAUAUUCACAAGAUUUUGUAUUUACCAUUUAAUUACCCGUAAGUGCGCUUAGAAACGAGAAAUGCUUACUUUAGACAAUCUGAAACAACUGUAAGAGAAGGAAUCUUGUUACAAAAAAACUAGGAAUACAAUCUUCAACAUAUUUGUCUAAAGCAAGCGUCUCCUGGAUCUUAUAAGCUUUCCUGUAAAUAUUUAGCAGCAUUCACGUGAACUAAGUUGCAGCUGCAAUUAAAAAAAAAACGAGAAUACAGAGACAAAGGCGACAGAGAUGCAAAGAAAAUUCAAUAGCGCCAUCCUGCUCUUAAGAUUUAUUCAUAGUACCAGUACAGUAAUAGAUGUAGUAUCAAAGUGAGUAAUAUUCUUAAAUAAAGUCCGUACAGAAAUAUACGGUGGAUGUAAAUGCAAGUCCUUUGAGUUCUCCGACGAUUGAAGAGUGCUUGCCCCGGGCUCGGCUCCCCAGACAUGCAGAUUAAUAUUUGUAGCCAUUGCGUUUCAUUACACUGUAUUUUAACUUCUACAAAGAAUAUCCUUCAUUUUGAAAUCCGAAAUGAAAUCGUAAAAGGAAAUGUAUUUAUGUUUUUUACAUAAUAUUUAUUAAGAAAAGGUUUAUUUGUAAAAAUAUCGUAAUGGUCGGUUAUAUCUCCGAAUGAGUAGUAUUUCCUCCCGGCCCCCAAUUAAGAGGUUCUCUCGAGAUAAUUUUCCCGGUACUGCCAUCUGUAUGUUCUAAGUAAAAACAUUAAUUUGUUCUCCGAAAACUCGUUAUCGAUUGUUGGUCUUAUAAUAGGUAUAUUUACGGCCAUUCCGUAUUAGGUUUUUAUGUAAGUCUAAUCUUCAUACCUUCUCGGAAGCCGUGGGACAUAUAAUUGUGAAUCGAUUAGCGUUGACCUCUAUCUCGCCCGCUUCCGAAUACUUAGAACAGCCUAAUUCAUCUAAUCAAACCUACCCGUACAUGUUGUAAAACAAAAACUGUCCGAUUAUUUACGAAAUUCUUAGUUUUGUUUAUUACGAUUGCUGGGGCCGUUUCCUGCGAUUUUCCUCAAUUCUCGCUAUGUUUACGAAUAACUCGGCAAAGUUCGGUGGGAUGGCAAGCAAACUUAUAAUGGUCACUAUUUAGAAAACGGUUUUCCUUAUUAUACGAUAAUAGUUGUUAAUGUUGAACUAAAUAAUAAAUUAAUAGUUUACUAUAUUGUCGGUGUAUCUUCUUUGUGUGUAGAUAAGUGUUCUAUUCGAAUUACUGGCAGUAGCUACAUAAAUCAUAAAUAUACGGAUGUUAUGUCUACUUAAACGGACAGCGAAAGGCUGACUUGAUUGAAUGAAAAUUAUUACAUUUGAAGUUCUAUAAGAAAUAAAAUACGGCGGAAUUGAUGGUAUGUAAUGUACUCAAGGAAGAAUGAUUCGAGUUUAUCGAUUAAUCAGCAAACGUAAGAUAGCGUCACAGAUAACUGAGAAAACACUUAACGUCAGGCAAACGUCACGGUUGCAUAGGAAAUAAUUAGUACCUACUGAGUGUGCGCUAUGCGGGGAUUUACCUAGCUAGUUAAAAUUUAAUUCGUCUACUCUAAUAAAAAAUAUUUUUAUCGAUAAUAUUUUAUAAUUCUUUAAAUGUACAUGAUUAAUUAAUAUAGUUAAUUGUAUAACGUGAAAAUAAAUAUUUAACUAUCUAAUUCGAAAAUGGAAAACACAAUUGGUACUGAAUAAUGAAAGGGGAUCAUAGAAACUAUCCAAUUCUACAACGACGGUAGUAUUCCGUGAAGUUUUUAAUAGUCAGUUCUAUUUACAAACAGAGAUUGGAAAAGGGCUCUCGUUCCGGGAGGUUAUUACGAUAAUCGUAUUUCUCACUAGUGACUAUCUCGCUUUCGUUUCUAGGAAGGAGCUCGGCCACAUUAACAGUGUUCCCCGCAAACUAUCAACUGGUUCGGCUGAUUAGCAUUUCCAGAAUUGAGAAAAACCUGCCGCGGCUGCACGGCCGACUUCUCGAUUUAACCAAAUAGGACCAUUUCUAACGACCAGACAAAUAAAUCGAUAUUUUAGGCCUAAUAAGUAGGGAAAGUUACAGGUUAGAUUUGAAACGAGUUAGAGAAUAGAUCAAACACUAUUGCUAACGUCACUAUGAGUAGCGUUAGUUGUGUCUGAGACUAUCAUCGAACGCGCAGCAAACAGGAUGGAAUCUAGGUUGUUAAGAGCUUGUGAUGAUCAUGCCUUCAUCGUGCGACAGACAGGUGCUAAAUAUAUAAACGAACGUAGGAAAGUAUGCUUAACGAAAUUAAAAUCUGUGACCAAUUUAAAAUUUGAAUUGCAUAGCGUGAGGUAAAUGUAAGGUCAAGCAAGACUGGUUGUAUACAGGGGACGGGUGACGUAGCCAGCGGUAUUCGCACGAGGCGCCGCAAAUAUUGGCAAUGAAUGAUAUUACGCAUUUCAUUGCGAAUGUUCGCGCUUGCCAAUAGGAAACUGCCUGGUGUUCAGCGUCAUAAUACGUAGAAUUUCUUUACACUGUUGAAAUUGAAACAUAGUUCAGAUUUUAUGCGCAAAUUAAUUAUUCGUCUAGAUUGUUUAGGAUGUUAGAUAAAAUAACGUUUUCUAAUAACGGCACGUAAUUGUUUAGCUCCGAGAAUCACCUAAAGGUGUGACUUCUCAUUAAAAGUACGUAGUUAGCUUAGCUUUCAAGUAAUAAGGAAAAACCUACGUAAAAGUUUAUGUAAGUAAUAAAAGCAGUGACUAAAAACCCGAGUCGUCUAUUAGAAAGGUAAAUGUUUAAAUUCGUCAUUCAAAGUGAAUCAAUAUUAUCAGACAUGACAGGUUUUUUUACAAUCUAUUAUAGUGCAAAGCUCCAAAAGAAUAAACAUAAAUAACCGUAACCACAGAUUACUAGCAUAACACGUAGACAAUUUGGCUGUUAGUUUAUGAGCAUUCGCGUGCCGAACACAUGUGCUGCAUCUGUGCACGUGACGAGGAUUUAUUAUCUGUGAAUUAGGUAAAAUGGCGGUGUGGCGGUUUAUUUUGUUUUGGUAAUCAGUAUGCAUCGCGGAGGCGCGCUGUCAACAGUUAUUCACGUGAAAUAGCCGUGAGCAUCCUUACAACACGGAGUAGGGACAAAUAGUAGCCCUCAUUUUUUACAAUAAGCUUUUUUAAUGUUGGUGUUCUAAACUCAUCGACAGUUUCUAAAAAUAAGGUCUAGCUUUAUGAUAUUGUAAUUUGAACGAGAAUUUCUAUUUUAACACAAAUCAAUUGGAAUAGUUUACAUGUACAUAUUUGUUAAGUUUUCUGAUUAAUCAGUAACUAUUAAAUUUGACUAUUUUCCGUGAUCACGAAUCAAUAUUUGCUAUGCAACAUUAACUGUUUUAAAUUGAAUAUAUUACCUAUACGUAUAAUUAAUAUUAGCGACCCUUUAAACAUUAAUCCCUUUGUUAUUUUUAAAUCCAUCCAUGGUUCGAAUAAUUCAUGAGUGUAUAACAUACGUAUAUUGUAAACUGGACCUUAUUGUAAAUAUAUUACGGUGUAUUGUAACAUCGCAGUAUGAAUUUGAUGUGUUAUGAGUUCCGUUGAAAUUAAUGUUCCGCUUGAGCCGAUGGAAUAUGAAAAUACUGGCACAUGCUGUCCAAGCGAAAUUAUGGCGGUACUAAAAUCCCUAUGAUUUUCAUAUUUGGUGCUUUUUUAAAGAAUAUUUGAGAUUUUAUGAAAAUAUAUAAAAUACCUUUGAUAAUGGAUUAAGUAUAUUGCUAUGUUUUAUAUCGCAAGAUAUGUUUCGUGUUCUGUGAGAUUUGAGUCGGCAUAGUAUUUGUCCAACAUGCCAGGUCCGCGUCGUAAGAUUUCCGCAAUAGCUUAGAAGCCGGGUCUUGCCUGUUACACGUCAGACCUCAAAGCUAUCGUUCUGUGCGAUUUCCUAUAGUUUUAAAGUAGGUAUGUAAGUUUAAAGCCGGAAAUUGCUUUUCCUACUUUAGAGCAGAGUCGAUACGAAUUGAAACUUUACGAGCAAGCCUUUCAAAGUACCCGACACGUUAUUUCAAAGUCUUGCAAACAUGCAUAGAGCGAUGGACCGUGCUCUGCUUGAAAAUAUAUUGCAUUUUACUUGGAAAUGAAGUAAAAACUAUAUCUCUCGGAUAGUUAGUUUCGUAUCGAUUCUCCUGAAAGCGAAAAGUUCAGUAGUUUAGGCAGAAUUGCACAGUUACGUCAGAGAUUAUGUAAACAAAUUAUAACGCAGCUGUUUGUGUGUGGGUGCUUUACGUAAUGCCAUUGUUUUAGCUUAUAUCGUAUUAAAAGUUAAGUUUUAAAUCCGCCAAUAUUAUACUUAUUAUAAUGAAUUAUAUAUUAUGCAGGCUGCACUAAUCCUCUGCGCCAUCACACAGAUGUAAUAUAAAAUCAACAUUUUACUACUUAAUUUUGUAAUUAGCUGGUAGUAGUAAUUGUGGGGCACACCUACAGGCGUCAGACUGGCGUGUGUCAUUGGAUGGCUAACGCUAGCCUUCGAUGUCUCGUGUCGAUUAGCACCAUGAUGAAGCCGCCAUUUGCAAUGUUUACCAAACUACGUUUUAAGGAGAGAAAUUCAUUACACGCAUGCUGUGGACAUGUGAGAAUUUAAUUAAGACUUUUUAUUCUAUCGUUGACCUGUAUCAAUUAGUUUGCCGAAGGGCUCGUGAAUUUACCAUCUCGUCAAAAGCGAAUUACAGUAUUUUUGUAAACGUUGCAAAUUGAAGACUUCAUGAACUGUCACGAUAUUGGACAUCGAAGCAGCUCUAGCAUAAGACUGAAACCACAUCUGAACAUUUCAAAAUUGAACGAUUUUAAUAAAUAAUGUAAAAUGUAUGGUGUAAGUUAAAGUGCAUCGUAAGCCUGCUAAGUUGUAAGUAAGCGUUGAAAGAAAUCUGAAUAGUUAUUAAGUUUGAAUGAAUUCCGACUAACUGUCUGUAGCUUAUUGGUAAAGUAAAUUAAAACUAUGUUGAUAUUAUAAUGAAUUUAAACGAAAUUAUGUAUAUAGGUACAUAGAACUUAAUGUAGAUGUUUUUAAUUGUAUAAAAACUGUUAGCGUAUGUUAAAAUUAUUACGGUAUGACGUCAUUGUCCAUUGAGGCGUAUUGUUAUAGAUUCGUCUUAUACAUAUUAUGUAUUUAAGUGAAAUGAGGUUUUACGAGGUUUUUAUGAAUGUUACGUCUCAGUGUUCAGUGCUCCUUAGUGAUACUUGCCUUCAUAGUUUUAUUUAAGUUUUGACUGACUGUUUUAAAUGUUCACGUGUUAUAGUUUAUAGUGACUUUUUUACACUCCAUGCAUUUUUUUUUUAAGUCAAUGCAAAUAUUUUUUUAACUAUUUAGGUACAACAAACAAUAGUCAACUACAUAUUUUAAGAUGGAUUAGUGUAAAUUGUUUAUCUAUAACGGUGUGUAAGUCAUUAAUUUAUUUGCAGCGAAUAUUUACAGUAAUUUGUUACUAUAGUAAUAAUCUUAUUUGUCCUGAAUCGAAUCCAUGUAAAGCACUAAUCCGUCUCAUAGUUGUAAUUUGUAAAUAUAAAGUCGAUAUAUGUAACUGUUCACUGGAUUGUAUCACGUUGUCAUUUAUACGUACGUUUGUUGUAUGAUGGAUUUUACAUGUUACGAAGUAUGGUAUGUUCAUUCAUUAAUUAUGUAUAACGAAAUUUAAAAUAUCUACAACUA